AUGGGAGGCCUGUAUCCCCACAACAUCGCUGCAUCCUUCAAACCCGUGCGGUCCUGGCAGGUCCCAUUCCCACUGGGAGCCUCUCUUUCCCCUGCAGGUGCAGCGAUGAAGGCUCUGCUGAGGCUCUUGGACCAGAAGCUCCCGGCCACACCCGCCCCUGUUGUGUGCAAGUGCGUGCAGGGGUUCCCCCAGCUGGUCCAGGGGAGCCUGGGCCAGGCCCUGCCCCUGCUGGCUGCCGAGGGGCUGGAUGAGGACACCUUCACCGACAACUUCCACAAUGAAAUCUGGGCGUCCAGGACCUACCUGUGCUAUGAGGUCGAGCAUCCCGGUCAGGGAUCCGGGAUUCCUCCGGGCCAGGAGAAGGGUGUCCUGCGCAAUAAGAGUGACCCGGACCCCAUGCUCUCGCGCCAUGCGGAGUCCUUCCUGCUGGAGCGGAUCCAGUCCUGGAAACUGAACCCGGAACACCAGUACAGGGUCACCUGCUUUCUCUCCUGGAGCCCCUGUGCUGAUUGUGCCCAGCGUAUGGCUGAGUUUCUGGGGGACAAUAGGCACGUGAGCCUGAACCUCUAUGCCUCCCGCAUCUACAGCCUGGGACAGUAUGAGCAGGGGCUGCGCACCCUGAAGAGGGCUGGGGCCAGCAUCGCCAUCAUGACCGCCAGGGAGUUUGAACACUGCUGGGACACCUUCGUGCUCCACGAGGGAAGAAGCUUCCAGCCCUGGGAGGGUCUGGACAAGGAGAGUCAGAAAUUCUCUGAGACCCUGCAGAGCAUUCUCCAGCAGGAAGCCUGAAGGAUGGACUUCAGUCUCGACAAAGACCACGCAGGAGAGGCCUCUGUGAACAGCAGAAUAAAACAUUUCCUCCCAAGCCUGCAGACCUGCUCUCCACCGCCCUCCAGAUUUUUCCACGAAAACCAGCAAAAGGCCAUGAGCCCAGAAGAAGUCGUCUUGAAAGAAACAAUCUGAGUAGAUUUACUUGUCCUGGAAAAUCUAUCUUAGGUUCAAAUAUACGGGUUAAGAUCAUACUCACAGCUGUCAGAAGAGUUUUCCACAUUUAGAGAAGUGACGAAUUGAUGUCAA